UUAAAUGGCAAAGGCACAUCAAAUAGUGGAAGGGAGCACUUGGGGAAUCAGAAACAUUUUUCAAUCUCUUGUGGCGAUCUUAACCACUACUCUAGUUGUCACUGCCAUUUAUCUAACACAGGAAGGAGAAGAAUGGUCUCAUGAAGGGAACAAGUUACGUUCACUAUCAAAAUGUGAUUUGUUUUCUGGUAAGUGGAUUUAUGAUAAUGAAUCAUAUCCACUCUAUAAGGAGAAGCAGUGCACGUACAUGUCUGAUCAAUUGGCUUGUGAGAAGUUUGGAAGGAAGGACCUGAGCUACCAGAACUGGAGGUGGAAGCCCCACCAAUGUGACUUGCCCAGGUAUGUGUUUGAGCUUUUGUGGAAUGUGGCUCCUUCUUUGUUAAUAAGGUUCAAUGCCACAGCGUUGCUUGAAAGGCUAAGGAACAAGAGGAUGGUGUUUGUGGGGGAUUCACUCAACAGAGGCCAAUGGGUUUCAAUGGUUUGCCUUGUCGAAUCUUCUGUGCCCCCAACUCUCAAAUCCAUGCGCACUAUUGCAAAUGGCUCACUCAACAUUUUCAAGGCCGAAGAAUACAAUGCAACCAUCGAGUUCUAUUGGGCCCCAUUGUUGGUAGAAUCGAACUCGGAUGAUCCUGUGAACCAUAGAGUAGCAGAACGGACUGUGAGAGUCCAAGCCAUUGAGAAGCAUGCUAGGUACUGGACUGAUGCAGACAUUUUGGUGUUCAACACUUUCCUUUGGUGGAGAAGGCGCGCAAUGAAUGUUUUGUGGGGUUCAUUUGGAGACCCAAAUGGGGUAUUGAAAAAGGUAGGAAUGGUGAGAGUGUAUGAAAUGGCCUUGAGGACAUGGUCAGAUUGGUUGGAAGUUCAUAUUAAUCGUAACAACACCAACUUGUUCUUCGUUUCUAUGUCACCAACCCACCAAAAGGCUCAUGAAUGGGGAGGAGCUAGGGGUGACAAUUGUUACAAAGAAACAGAUCAAAUCACAGAAGAAGGGUAUUGGGGGAAUGGUUCAGUUCCUAGUAUGAUGAGAGUGGUGGAAAAUGUGCUUCAUGAUUUGAAAGGAAGAGGUUUGAACGUUGAAUUGCUUAACAUCACACAGCUUUCAGAGUAUAGGAAAGAAGGGCACCCAUCAAUCUAUAGAAAGCAAUGGGAGCCUCUAACUGAAGAACAGUUAUCAAAUCCAAAAACUUAUGCUGAUUGCAUACAUUGGUGCCUCCCUGGAGUGCCUGAUGCGUGGAAUGAGCUCCUUUAUGCCUAUAUUUUCCACCGAUGACUAACUUUAGACACAAGUUUAAUUGGAAUGUAGUACUUUGCAUGCAAGCCAAGUUGUUUUUCUUUCUGCUUUGUUAUCUUAUUUUUUCUCUUUUUAGUGUGGUGACUGGUGAGGAGAGUUGAAGUGUAAAGAAUGUUGCCUCUCCUAAUCUUUGAAAAGUCAUACACUCUUUUCCUUUUAUUUUAUUUUAUUUGAUUGAUGUCCA